AUGGAAUGUUGUAUCAGUUAUGAUGUAGUGAGUGAUGAAUGUUGUAUCAGUUAUGAUGAAAUGAGUGAUGAAUGUUGUAUCAGUUAUGAUGUAAUGAGUGAUGAAUGUUGUAUCAGUUAUGAUGUAACGAGUGAUGAAUGUUGUAUCAGUUAUGAUGUAAUGAGUGAUGAAUGUUGUAUCAGUUAUGAUGUAAUGAGUGAUGAAUGUUGUAUCAGUUAUGGUGUAAUGAGUGAUGAAUGUUGUAUCAGUUAUGAUGUAAUGAGUGAUGAAUGUUGUAUCAGUUAUGAUGUAAUGAGUGAUGAAUGUUGUAUCAGUUAUGGUGUAAUGAGUGAUGAAUGUUGUAUCAGUUAUGAUGUAAUGAGUCACGAAUGUUGUAUCAGUUAUGAUGUAAUGAGUGAUGAAUGUUGUAUCAGUUAUGAUGAAAUGAGUGAUGCAUGUUGUAUCAGUUAUGAUGUAGUGAGUGAUGAAUGUUGUAUCAGUUAUGAUGAAAUGAGUGAUGAAUAUUGUAUCAGUUAUGAUGUAAUGAGUGAUGAAUGUUGUAUCAGUUAUGAUGUAAUGAGUGAUGAAUGUUGUAUCAGUUAUGAUGAAAUGAGUGAUGCAUGUUGUAUCAGUUAUGAUGUAGUGAGUGGUGAAUGUUGUAUCAGUUAUGAUGAAAUGAGUGAUGCAUGUUGUAUCAGUUAUGAUGUAAUGAGUGAUGAAUGUUGUAUCAGUUAUGAUGAAAUGAGUGAUGCAUGUUGUAUCAGUUAUGGUACAGUGAGUGAUGAAUGUUGUAUCAGUUAUGGUACAGUGAGUGAUGAAUGUUGUAUCAGUUAUGAUGAAAUGAGUGAUGAAUGUUGUAUCAGUUAUGGUACAGUGAGUGAUGAAUGUUGUAUCAGUUAUGGUACAGUGAGUGAUGAAUGUUGUAUCAGUUAUGAUGUAAUGAGUGAUGAAUGUUGUAUCAGUUAUGAUGUAAUGAGUGAUGAAUGUUGUAUCAGUUAUGGUACAAUGAGUGAUGAAUGUUGUAUCAGUUAUGGUACAAUGAGUGAUGAAUGUUGUAUCAGUUAUGAUGAAAUGAGUCAUGAAUGUUGUAUCAGUUAUGAUGUAAUGAGUGAUGAAUGUUGUAUCAGUUAUGGUACAAUGAGUGAUGAAUGUUGUAUCAGUUAUGAUGUAAUGAGUGAUGAAUGUUGUAUCAGUUAUGGUACAAUGAGUGAUGAAUGUUGUAUCAGUUAUGAUGAAAUGAGUCAUGAAUGUUGUAUCAGUUAUGGUAUAAAAUAUAUGUAUCACGAAUAA